AUUGGUGGUAUCGAAGGCGACCGACUUCUUCCCGAUCCGAACGCUUUAUCCGCCUCACGCGCGCUCUUCUUGCCUCUUGACUGUCGCCUUGUCCCCCUUCUCCCUUCUCUUUUUCUCGUUCGAUUCCGCCCACCAAGAGUGGUGAAUAGCUGAUCGCGAUGGCGACGAUCGCGAACUCCCUCGUCUCCGUCAGAGACUCCCGAUACCAAGCGCUCUACGGCUUUACCUUGAAGCCGUCGUCGGACAAGUCUCUUGUCGUCUGCCCUCCUUCGAGCUUGUCUCUUCGUCCUAUUAGCCGAAGGAAAGAUGGAAUUGCAAGUCACAAGAGACAAUUCGUCCUUCGAGCUGCUUAUAGGAGUGGUGGAAGGCCAAACAGUGCAAGCAUCUUCGUUGGGGGCUUUGUGCUGGGAGGAAUUGUGGUUGGGGCACUUGCUUGUGUAUAUGCACCUCAGAUCAGCAAAGCUCUGACUGAGACUGACAAAAAAGAACUGAUGAGGAGGUUGCCAAAAUUCAUCUAUGAUGAAGAGAAAGCUUUGGAGAAAACUAGGAAGAUACUGACCGAGAAGAUUGCGCAACUCAACGCUGCAAUUGACGAUGUUUCUUCUCAACUCCGAGCAGAUGAUGAGCCUAAUGGCGUGGCUGUGGCACAGGAUGAGAUGGAAGCUGCAACAUAAGAUCAAAUCAGGGGCAACGCCUCUGUCCUGCGUUAAGAGAGAGAGAAUUUAUCAUCUGUUGGAAUUUGGGACCGCAGUUCUUUGUUACAAAAGCAUUAAUAAGCUUAUUAUGAGAUCCAAGCAUAUAUUUCCUGAUCAUUAGUGUCGGGGAUUGCUUUUCUUUUCUCA